GGAUUUGAGAAAUAUGACAUUUUAUCACAGCUGGAAAUCGUCCGCAUAUCUGUCAUGACAUGACUGAAGAGCAGAACGUUUAAUCUUUCCUGCUCCCUAGGUCUUUCUAGGUUUAAUUCUCACAGACAUGGAGGGACCUGAGGAGGACAGAAUGUGUAGGAAAUGGAGGAUCGCCUGUGGUUUGUACAGCUACAACCUGAGAGACGUCUUCACAUGGCGUCUGCUGAAGACCAUCAUCAUGGGGCAGUUCCUGUCCCUGCUCAUCUGCGGGACGGCGGUGAGCUGUGAGUACCUGGCCAAUGCGAAGGUGGAGACUCCCAUGCUGCAGAGCUUCCUGAACUACGCCCUGCUGCUGCUCAUCUACACCACGGUCCUCGUCACCCGCAAAGGUGACAGGAACAUCUUGCAGAUUUUAAAAAACAAGUGGUGGAAGUAUUUGGUGAUGGGUGUGGCAGAUGUGGAGGCAAACUAUGCCGUCGUGAAGGCAUACCAGUUCACCACUCUGACCAGUAUACAGCUGCUGGACUGCUUCGUGAUCCCGGUGCUGAUGCUGCUUUCCUGGUUCUUUCUGAAGACCCGCUACAAGCCGGUGCACUUCGUAGCCGUGAUGGUGUGUCUGCUGGGUGUGGGGGCCAUGGUGGGAGCCGACAUUCUGGCUGGAAGAAACCCAGGAUCCAACAGUGAUUUGGUGCUGGGCGAUGGUCUGGUCCUGCUGAGUGCCGUCCUCUAUGCUGUAUCAAACAUGUGUCAGGAGCACACAGUGAAGAACCUGAGUCGUGUUGAAUUCCUGGGCAUGAUGGGACUCUUUGGGACUGUCAUCAGUGGCAUUCAGCUCGCUGUCCUGGAAACUCAUGCAGUCGCAGCAAUCAAGUGGGAUUUUUGCAUUUCCAUGCUGUUCGCCAGCUACGCCUUGUGUAUGUUUGUGCUGUACAGCCUCAUGCCCGUGGUGGUGAAGAUGACCAGCGCGACUGCAGUCAACCUCUCUCUGCUCACCGCCGAUCUCUUCAGCCUCUUCUGCGGCCUCUUCCUCUUCCGCUACACGUUUUCAGCUCUGUACAUCGUCUCGUUUGUCGUCAUCACUGUGGGCUUCGUCAUGUUCAACGCUGUCCCGACCUACUCGGCUUUACCUGAAGAACCUGUUGAAGUUUCCGCUGACCACCCGGCUGAGAGCUCCUCGGACCACCUGCUGGCUGCAGACAGAGACCUUCAGCGAACUGAAACACUCACAGCCAUCGCUGCUCUAUGACCGAGGAGCGACUGCAGUACAUGUUUAUUAUUUCCAUUGUGGUUUACUGGACGAAGCACAUUCAGAAGGAGAUCCUGUUACUUUGUUACAGAAGUUCAUGUUUCCUUCCUCUAAACCAGAGUUCUCUGUUCAUGAUAUUUUGCGUUUUCAAUAUGAAGAAAUAUGCAUUUGAGACACGUUUUUCAUUCCUGUUGAUGUUACAUCAUUUUCUAAAAGAGAUUUCUUUAUUAGAGUGAUCAGAUAUCACCAUUACUGCACUUAUACUUGAUGACAACUUGUUAUAUACCAGUAAGACUGUUAUUUAUUGUUCCAAAACUGAUCCAUGACUGCUCAUUCCUUUGGUUUAUUAAUAUAUGUAAUGUAUUACAAAAUACAUCGACUGUGCUGUUUUGCUAUCUACUGAUGCUGUUUUUUUGUUUGUUUUAAUCUGAACAGAUAAAUCAAAGUUGUACUUAAUUUUUGUUGUCUCUGAGGCUGUUACAAAGUUUGCCAUCAUGUCAGUUGGUAAUCCACCAAAUGUACCUUAAAUGUCAUGGCUUUACUUGCCUUGGAUUGCCAAAAGUAAAGCAUGUUAAGGAAGAGUUUUACUUUUUUUACUAUUAAAUUCAUUUUUAUAUUCUCGA